AUGGCCACUUCAUCAGUGACUGUCUUUCCCUCUGAUGCAGAACCUCGAGCCUACAACCAUGAGGGGUACCCGCAUGCCGUAAAGACAUCUAGCGAACUAUUCCGAAACAGCUGUCGUGACCAAUUUCUAGCAUACCCGGAAGCCGAAGUCUAUUUCUCCUCCUAUGACGAACAGAUCAGCCAAGGAGACGUUUAUUCAUCUGGUGACAGCUUUGCCCGGGGUGCAAUUGAUGCUUGGGCUCAGCACCGGCACCUGAUCAUCCGACCGGAUGAAGUAUGGUUCGCUAUUCUCGUGCAAUUGAACUUCUAUAUGAUCAAGAAUGCGGAAAGACUGAGGCACCUGUUCGUUAGUCAUACAGGGAAGAAAAGAAUACAUGUCUCAGAUUGUACUUUCGAGGGCAUCCUACAUAAAUUCCAGGACGCCAUUCACGAAGAAGUAAAGCCUGGCUGGCUACGAAAUUGGGUCAUGCCUGAGUUCAGUACGACAACCUGGACUGACCACUUGACCGCCAGUGUCCUCUUGAUGGGUCUCAUGCAGAGAUAUUUCAAGUACAGUUGCGAUAUCAUAUGUGGGUUUCCAUCCGUGACUCUGAAGGGCGAGAAAGAGGACUGGGAACAACUCCUCGCAAAGAUUGAUCGCCUCGCAACCUUUGGUGCCCAGCCAGAACAAUUCGCUGAGCAGCUGCGACCAAUUCUUGAACGUUUUGUGCGCACCUUCGAGGAACCCGACCACCCCGAAACCAGAACUUUCUGGAACAGCAUGGUUGUUGCCAAGAAUGACGGCGCAUGCGGACUGCCCCCAUACUCCUUGAAGGGAUGGUUGACAGGGUUCUUUUUCUGGGAUCUUGAAGGAAAUCCAGUCAUCAAACGGGAGCCGGAGAAUCCUUUAAUUCUCAAUGGCAUCGCUUACAAAAAAUGGUUCAUUGAGGAUUUGCCAGUCGGCUAUGCGCAGGCUCCUGUUGUAGUGAUCGGUUUCAAGGGUAUGGAGGAAUUCCCAGCGUAUGUUCUGGCGGGAAACGUGGGAAAGCGUAUCAAAAUGGGAUUACCGGACGGCUAUGAACAGGCACUACAGCGCUUCGAUGGUCGAAUAGGAAACCCCAGAAAGCGAAUCAAAGGAAAAUUACUGAGCAGAUGUAUAGAGGCAGCCAAGCGUCUCAAUGGCCAAGCUAUAGAUGAUGCUACACCCCACGGGACGCUCGAGCCGAUGUCUGGAUGGCUCAUGUACGGCCCGGCCCCAGAUCCGGACGGCGGACCAAGCCCGGGAUAUUGGCCUGAAGUCGAAACUGAAUUCGAAGAUUUGUAUAGAAGCUUGGGGCGUUCAAUUAGAAACGGCAGGUCUGCGUCAUCAGGUGUUCGCCACUGA